AUGAGUAACUAUAAUAACACCAAUCACACGAACCCUGCCCCUGACACCGGUUUUUCGUGGAAGACCACGUCCAGGACUGGAUGUUCAUACACAAUCACUGAACCAGACGUGGAUACUUCGCUCUGCGGCCGCGGAGGGUCACUUAAAGAGCGCCGUUGUCAGCUGUUUAAAUUGACCACGUUGGCCAUUUUACCCGGCAUAAUUCUCAUCGUCCGCGAUGCGGUGAAGGUGGCAAAUGAUGUGAAGACUGUACAACAAAACCGCGAGGUCCAGGACAGUAUUCGGUUCAGCGUUGAGAUCAGUGCUGUUGUUCACGCCAUGCAGAUAGAGCGGGGGACCACGGCCCUCUACGUGUCCUCCAAGGGCGAUCCCUUUGUACGUCCGCGUCUCCUCAACUUUUACCGCGACACAGACAUUGCCCUUGGCGGCCUGUCAAAAUGGAUCAGCAUCGACUCGAGCGCAUUCUUUCAGACGAAGGCAACUUUUCAGCGCCAUAUAAGCGACUUCAGAUCCGACCUCGACCCCCUAAACGCAACCCUUCGGCAAGUUAUAAACUUUUACAGCGAUCACAUCGCAAUAUUCAUUGCAAUGAUUGGACGGAGUUUGAACCUGCGUAAGCCGUUGAACUUUUGGGUGGAAUUGGCAUCCUAUCAGAACCUGAUCUUGAGUAAGGAACAGGCCGGCACAGAAAGGGCAUUGGGAAGCACCUACUUUACACGAGGUCAACUUCCAGGCGAUGACCUCUUGUGGUACAACGAAAAGCGCGUUCUUGGAUCUUACUUCCUGCAGCAGAGCCGCCAGUACUCCGAGUUCACAGACUCAAGAAUAGAGUCCAUGUAUGACGGUACUGAUCUGAUGACCAGAAUCACCUUGAUGCAGCGACAGAUUCUAGACAACGCAGUCAUGACGCCUUCUGUGGUGGCUGGGGCUGUCUGGUUUGACAAUAUGACGGAAUAUAUAAAUAUCCUGAAAAGUGUGCACGACAGUCUUGCAAAUAGAAUCGUACAUGAAGCUGAAGAUGAAAACUCAUCUGUAAACGAAGCUUUAACGAUAAGCGCAGUGGAGUUCGCCGUCGCUAUAGUGAUAGUGCCCAUCAUCAUCAUCUUGGUCCGCAACAUAAUCAGAAAGAUACAUAAUUUUUCGCAAGAAUUAAAGGAGAAAACCUGUGAGCUCGAGGCGGAGAGACUGCGAACUGAAGAGCUUCUGUACCAGCUCUUACCAAGAACGGUUGCUAAGCGACUCAUGAAAGAUGGGAGCACCUUGCCAGAGUCAUAUAAUUCCGCGACCAUUAUGUUUUCAGAUGUUGUUGGAUUUACUACCAUUUCAAGUUCAAUAACUCCGAUGCAAGUGGUGAACUUGUUGAAUAGACUCUACAUGACCAUUGAUAAGCGGCUAGAAAACUUCGACGUUUACAAAGUUGAGACAAUUGGAGACGGCUACAUGGUAGCUUCAGGAUUACCCAACCGAAACGGCGAAAAACACGUGGCAGAGAUCGCAAAACUGUCUCUUGAUUUACUCGCAACGAUAGAAACUAUGUAUCUGCCACAUAUACAUGACCAGAAGAUCAGUUUACGGUUGGGUUUUAACACUGGACCAGUGGUAGCAGGCGUGGUUGGGUUGAAGAUGCCGCGCUAUUGCAUCUUUGGUGACACGGUUAACACCGCCUCGAGAAUGGAGUCCACAGGACUACCAUCGCGAAUACAGAUGACAGAGUCAUCUGCUGCUAAGCUCACGCAUAUCGGAGGGUUCAUCAUAACAGAAAGAGGUACAGUGGACGUAAAGGUUCUUGAUGGCUCGCUUCACUCGUUUUCUCUGUGGCUGGCCUUGGGCAACCUGGUACAGUGCAGUUGCAAGAGCACACUCACACAUUUAAUAAAAGAAGCACUUGAUUACUGCGUCCACCGGACAAAGUUUCCAAAAGCCCGUAAGAACUCUGCAAGGGUCUUUCGGCCUCUUUUGUAA